AUGACGCUCCUUGACAACGCCACCUCGAGCACGCAAGCCGUAGCCGGCCAAUAUGAAGGCUUCAGAGACUAUCAAUCGCAUUUUCUAUUGGGUCUUGCCUUGGUCGUUGUACUAUAUGGCCUCCUGCGCAACGACGACGCCAAGAAACUGCCCAUCAUCAACCCACAGAAAUGGUUUCAACUGACCGCCUCUGAGUCUAUUAUGUCGUUUGCCUUAGCUGGGCGCGAACUUCUCGAAGAGGCCAGGCGAAGAUUCGGGGCUACGCCGUUUCGCGUCUUGACGGACCAGGGUAAAUUCAUCAUGCUUCUGCCGCAGCACGGUGAGGAGAUCCGCAACGAUCCUCGCUUUAGCGUUGACGAGCCUAUUAUCGAACUGUUCCAGGCGAGGUAUCCUGGAUUCGAACCUUUCAUGGAGGGCGCCAUUCCUACAAAGCCUCUGCAAAAUGUGGUUAAAUUGCGUGUCACCAAGUCUCUAGCCAAGGUCACCCAGCCUUUGUCAGAUGAAUGCUCAGUGACACUUCAAGAGUUUCUCGGCGAUGCAAAAGAACCACAAGAGAUUGUUCUCAGAGACUUGAUCAUCCGCCUCAUUUCAAGAAUGUCAGCUCGCGUCUUUGCCGGCGAGAACUUAUGCCGCAACGAGCGUUGGCUCGACCUCGUCGUGAACUACGGUGAGAACAGCGUCUUGGGCAUGCGCAAAUUGCGCCUCUGGCCCAGUUUUCUCAAGACCAUGGCCACCAACUGGAUUCCCGAAUGCAGAGACCUUAAAGCUCAGGUGAAGGAGGCCUGGGAUCUCGUCGCUGCCGAGCUGGAGGCGCGCCACGCUAAGAAUGACGGCAAGGAGUACAACGACACCAUCUACUGGUUCGAGGAGCUUGCUGCUGGGAAGCCGUACAACUUUGGGGCGUCGCAGCUGAUGCUGGCGGUCGUAUCCAUCGGCACGACGUCUGAUCUCAUCACGCAGGCCUUGGUCGAUAUAUUUCAGCACCCCGAGCUAAUUGAGCCUUUGAGAGAGGAGAUUACCGGAUGUCUCGAGAAAGAGGGGUGGAAGAAAACGGCGCUUUACAACAUGAAGCUUCUCGAUAGUGUUCUCAAUGAGAGCCAACGCCUCAAGCCCAACCAGAUUUCCUCAAUGUUCCGGCAAGCCACCGCCAACGUUACGUUGUCCGACGGCACCAAGAUUCCAAAGGGUCACACUGUUGCAGUCUCGACGGAACGAAUGAGGGACCCGGCAUUCUACGAGAACCCCAACGAGUUUGACGGCUACCGUUUCCUACGUAUGCGGGAGAGCGGUAAGCCAGGGCAGGAGGCUGCUGCUCAGCUGGUGACCACGAGCGUCAACCAUCUUGGUUUCGGCCAUGGGGAGCACAGCUGUCCGGGACGCUUCUUCGCGGCCAGUGAGGCAAAGAUCAUCAUCGCUCAUCUGCUCCUGAAGUACGAUUGGAAGUAUGACAACUCGUACAAGAUUAAGUUGCGGAAGCACGGAUUUGCGGAGGAAGCCGACCCAGACCUCAAGGUUAUUUGCAAGCGCCGAGAUGUGACAGUUCCUUUGUAA